AUGCUUUUUUUACAGACGUCGCAUUUGUCGAUUGGGUCAAACGGCGAUGUAUUCUCGCUAGGUUCAGAGGAUAUGAACGCCCUUGUAGCAGAUAUGACUGUCAAAGUACCGGUACUGGAUGAGCUUUUAGAGGAAGGAUCAAAUACAGAGACCGAGGACCGUCGACCGAAAGUAGGCGGUCCUUCAACGGCCGUUUUCUAUGAUUUCCAAGAAUUUUCUUUGCAGGAAACCUAUGACGGAACGGAUACUACAAGCUCGUGA